AAAAUACUAAUUUGGGCUUCUUAAAACCACACAGCUUGCCUCAGUUUUUCCAAUCUAUCUGAGACGCUCUAAAGCUCCUGCACCAAGUAUAACCAAUCCAUCAAAGUUUCACUCAUUUCUAUAGGUAUUCUUGAUCUGAGUUGAUUUCUCUGUCUUGAGUCAGGAACUGGGUUUUCCUCAUUUUCUCAUUUACGCUUCGCAAGAUCCCAGAUCGUGUCUCAUGGAUUGGUAUUAUGGGAAUGGAAUCGAUGAGCUUGUUGUCCCUCAAUAUCAAGACAUAUCAGAUAGGCUCCCAUCGCCUGACAGCUGGUCCAAAUGGGGGACAACUACAUCUGAAAGGAUCGGGUCACCUAACAAGUGCUUUCUCCAGGAAUCAAAUUUGAAGGAACAAGAACUCAGCUUCGAUGGAAACAGUUUAUGCAAUGAAGUUGAGUUGGAUACUUCCCAUGAUAAAGAUGAUUCCAAUGGCUCGAGCAUAUGUGAAGGAUUGUUGGAGGGGGCUUUUUACUGGAGAUCACCUUCACAUGAUCGGCCGGACUACCAGCUUGAUGACUUAGAAGGAGUUGAACAGACGAAUGACAUUUUCUUGAGCUCCUUACUCGAAGAUCUUCCUGAGAUGGAAGCUAUAGAUGAGUCAUUUGAAUUUUCUCCCGAAUCCCCCCAUUGUGGUGGGCUGUCCAGUGACAAUCUAGAUUCACGAAGCAUGUGGAUUGAUGUAAACAACACCGUGGGAAAAUCAAAGUAUCCCAAAAGACAUGCCUUCUCUUCAUUAAUGGGGCGGGAUAAUCAAGAUGUAACUGCUGUGCAGUUUAUUCCAUGCAACUCAGAGCAAAUGGAUUGUGCGCCAAUAAAGGGGCAGUUUGGAGAAGACAUUGUCUCAUCUGAGCAGAAUGGCUUGAAUGAAAACUCGGGCCAGGAAAAAUCACCUGAAGAAUCUGUAUUGGAGGAGCUUGAGAUGGUGAUGGCACAGUUGACGGAGAAGACUCAGAUUUGCUUUCGAGAUGCUUUGUACCGCCUUGCAAAGAAUUCGGAACACCAUGACAUGGAAACACAGGAGGAAGGUGGAUAUCUUGACACUGAAAAGCCCCCUCCAUGGACACUACAUGAUAUAAAAAUGAGGCCUGCAAGUCAGAAAGCGAUGGAAUCUGAGACCAAUGCCAUCGACCGAGCCGUUGCAAACCUCAUGUUCAAUGACAUGGACUUCAGUGUAAUAAGAGAACAUUCCAGUUCAGCAUCAGUUAACUUCACCGGAGUAAUUGGAGAAAGGGAACCACCAGUAAACUCCAUGCAAAAUGUCGUCAGAUCAACCAGACCAAUGCGCUACAGCUUUAAUCAACCCAAAAUUCAACAUGUUUCACACCGAUCAAUUUCACAAGGUGAUGCUGAAGUUCCAAGACUUGCUCAAAUAGACCGGGACAAUGAGUUUAUGUAGAAAAUUCUAGAGCAUCACUACAGAGAACACUUAAAUUACCUACUGACGAAAUGCCUGCAGGGAAGAGGAAAUCUUUCAUACUGGAGUUUGGUUCUCUGACAUGAUUGUGGAGGCAAUCUGCAGAUUGUCAUGAAGGCAAGGAUCCGUGCAACAUGAUCUGUGUGUACUGAGAGAGCGUGAAACAAUUCUUAGAAUUGCUUUUUACCAUUUGCGUAUGUAUAUCCUUUGUAAUUACUAAGAUGGCUUGUUUAGUUUAAUGCUACUCAAGAGAGUUUAGUUUA